GCGCUUCACCUGGUCAGUAGUUCUACUGACACCAAUAAUUGUAACACAGAUUUUUGCUGAAAACAAUGAUUGUUGCGAUGGUUCAAAUAACUGCUGUGAUUCAAAAACUUGCUGCGAAAACUACUGUGAAACAACUACCUGCUGCAGAAGUUACUGUGAAACAAUUACUCGCUGCCACAGUGCCUGUAAUAAAAUAUGCGAUAGUGGCUGCAGGACCCCAAAGUGUGCAGAUGACUGCAAGAGGAGAUGUAGUCCUUGUCCUACUCCUCCAAACACUGGAGACUCUACUACCCCUUCCUCGACGAUAACACCUUCUCAUCCUACACCAAGUGUAGUAGAUAAUUCGAAUAUUAGCAAUACAAACAAUGGUUCUGUUAUAACAACAAUCAUGAUAACCAACAACAUCACGAAUAUCAAUAAAAUAGAUAUUCCUGUCACUUUUUCAAAUACAAAUAUUCAGAAUAUAAAUAUUGAAGAAUGUUGUGACACGGGUUGCGAUGGAACAGUAGAGCCCUGUGUAACUACAACUUCCCCAACCUCUGGACCAUACACCAGAAGCCCGUACACAGUCGAAAAACAUAAUGUGACUGUCAUUCACACAAGUUCAAAAAUCAAUUGCACAAAUUGCACAGACCAAAGCCAAUAUUCGGUGUCGAAUCCAGAACCAGUACCUGUUCCUAUACCAAUUUAUAUCAAAGUUGACAAUCCUAUGCAAUACCCACAGGCAGCCUAUCCAGUUCCCCAAGAAGGAUGUUGCAAUGUGAUUACACCUUGCAUUUCCGGGCCGUUUUCGAAUUGUAAUCCGUAUGGUAUGAUGUGUGGUGACCAGUGUAGUCAUUCGACUAUGUACCAAGUUACGAAUCCUUGUAUUAGUGGGUGUUACAAAAAACCGUUUGCUCCAGUGACAUCCUGUUCAAACUUUGGGUAUUGUCAAGUAGUUAUGAGAAGUUGUUACUUCUGUAGAGAAGACUUUUAUAUGAAUUACAACAGUUAUCAACAAUGUGCUGGUUGCUUUGGAAUGUGACUUUUGACUCUGAAAUAAAGAGCCUCAGAGUACA